AUGGACCAUUCUAUGUUUACCGACCUGGAACUACAGUUGAGCUCAGAACGAAAUAGGAAAUACCAGGGCGCUGCAAAAAUCAGACUGGACCAGAUUGGGCUCCAUCCUUCCCUGUCCCGUCAACUUGAACCCCAGAAUGUGGAGAGACUGUGCGAAAUUUUCAACAAAGACGGUAUUCGCCGGUUAGACAUCCAAAACCAUGUCACUGCUGUGGUGUCCCUCCGACAUCUCCAGACCGCUCUACGUGACGCACGCGUGAGUACAGAUGAGUUGUUGACUAAUCCUCCUGAGGAAUAUCCCUACCUUCAUUUUCCCAUUGGGCAAAUACGAUGUCUCCAUGGCCAGCAUCGCCUUAAAGCUGGCGAGGAGCUUUUGGCGCCGAGUGAUCAAUGGUGGACUGUUGAUCUCUACUCAGAUGAUAUUAGCCCCCACUUGCAAGCAGCUCUUGUGGAUGAAUAUUCCAAUGAAAAAGCGCCAAGUGAUGGCGAAGUCUAUAGAAAGAUCCGUCAGUACCAACAAGAGGCAAAUUCCCGGUUUGAGAAACUGUGGAAGUGUCGAAUUUCAAGCAAUAAAAAUAGCCGUUUAGAUCAACUCUCUUCACGUACUGAUCUGCGUGCCGCGUUUGAUGCACUUCUACCGAUCCCGGGGCUGUGGAAUGGGAUGAGUAUUGGCUCUCUCCAUCGAGUUCUAGCUCUGAAAUGUAGAGAAGAAAUCGUCCAUUAUCUUAUAUACGUGAGGGAGUUUUGGUCCUUCCUUGCUAAUAAAAACCGCUCCCAGAUGAUGAGAAUCGACGCUCACACAGUUGAAUCACUACAACUUCUUGCACCUGGAGUCUCUCGCAAGGAUGCAAAAAUCGUACGAGGCCUCGUGUUAGGUGGUGAGGCUUUUUCUGCCUUUGAUGACUCUGAACGUACCGCCAUCUGGGAGAAACUGCAGCGGACGAAAGUAGUUAUUCCGUCCCUUUUUACUUUCUUCAAAGAUAUAUACUACCUCGAGGCAUGCGCCCACUGCGUACAGCGACUGGUGGAAGUCAGCGAUUGUCAUCCCACGCUUUCUACCGCGAUGCGGCGUAUCCUGAGAUCCUCGGAACAAUGCCUAAUCCAAACAUCAGACACAGCGUUCCGGCAGGAAUCAGCAUCUGUGACCGAAUAUGAAGACCUUGCAUACCGGCAGAUUUGGCUGUACGCCAUGCGCCACUAUCCAAAGAUGGCAAAAGAGCCCGAGAGCUCUAAUCGGGUGGCGAAACCGGGCAGUGAAAAGGCUGAUGAGGUUGUGCUCCACGAGAUGGCUGUCCUAGCACGGCGGCUUGGGUUUGAGUCUCCCCAAAUCAGCGAACUCGUCGAUCAAUCUCCUGAUCGGCAGAUUGCAUUAGCUGCACUUUUGAAAGCACGUAAGCUUGACAGAUAUCGAUACAAUAAUGACCACAUGGAGUCCCUUAUUAGCCGCAUCACCGACUGUUUCCAAGUGGCUGUUUCAACCAAUCAACUCUCCCACAACUCAACUAAUACUAGGGAGACCACGAAAAAAGAUCGGUGCGGCCUUCCACGCACUCUUUCCCAGGAGCAAGACAGCCACUUUCUUUUUAUCGACCAAUUACAUAUUGACGAGCUGGUUACCGGUGGGAAGGUUUCUUCUCUCUUUGUGAGACAAUGUGUCUACUUUGCCUUUUUUGGUAAGCUACCAUCAUCUCAGAGACAUAGAGGGUUUUGGGGCUUGCCAUCUUCGGGCGUGACGUCCGGCCUUAUGUCUCCGCUAUUUGUCCCUAACACACGACAUGACCUUGACUUGCACAUUCCACGAGAUGACUCUUCAAUAUUGGACGAUGAUUUCGCGACUUUUGGCCAGGACGUCCGACAUUUACAGCAACAACAGAGAGAAAUGGUUAUUGAAGAGAUUCCGGGAGACGCAGAAGAACGAGCUCGACAUGAAGCGGAAGAGCGAGCUCGACUAGAAGCAGCAGAACGAGCUCGACUGGAGGCAGCAGAACGAGCUCGACAAGAGGCAGCAGAACAAGCUCGACAUGAAGCGGAAGAGCGAGCUCGACUAGAAGCAGAAGAACGAGCUCGACUGGAGGCAGAAGAACGAGCUCGACAAGAGGCGGUAGAGCGAGCUCGACUAGAAGCAGAAGAACGAGCUCGACAAGAGGCGGUAGAGCGAGCUCGACUAGAGGCAGAAGAACGAGCUCGACAAGAGGCGGUAGAGCGAGCUCGACUAGAAGCAGAAGAACGAGCUCGACAAGAGGCGGUAGAGCGAGCUCGACUAGAAGCAGAAGAACGAGCUCGACUGGAGGCAGCAGAACGAGCUCGACAAGAGGCGGUAGAGCGAGCUCGACUAGAGGCUGAACAACAAGCUCGACUAGAGGCUGAACAACAAGCUCAACGAGAGGCAGAAGAACUAGCUCGACUGGAGGCCGAACAACAAGCUCGACUAGAGGCUGAACAACAAGCUCAACGAGAAGCAGAAGAACGAGCUCGACUGGAGGCCGAACAACAAGCUCGACUGGAGGCCGAACAACAAGCUCAACGAGAAGCAGAAGAACGAGCUCGACUGGAGGCCGAACAACAAGCUCGACUAGAGGCGAAAACAGCUCGACUGAGGCCGAACGACAAGCUCAACGAGAAGCAGAAGAACGAGCUCGACUAG